AAAAUGUUACAUUUAAAUUCAAGUAAAAAGAUAUCGUACUUCUACGAUCUAAAAUCUCAGACUGUUGUUCCUCCCAAAUAAGUCGUGUACAACGCAAUCUUGUCGGUCCCGGAAUAUGGCUUCGUCCACGAAGAGAUCUUGGAAACUCCAGGAUUUUGUUGCCCAUUCGUCAAAUGUCAAUUGUUUGGCAUUGGGACAUAAAUCUGGUCGUGUUUUAGUUACUGGUGGCGAUGACAAAAAAGUCAAUUUAUGGGCAGUUGGGAAACCAAAUUGUAUUAUGAGCCUAAGUGGCCAUACUACCUCAAUAGAAUGUGUAAGAUUUGGCCAAACUGAAGAUUUAGUAUGUGCUGGUUCGCAGACAGGGGCAUUAAAAAUUUGGGACCUGGAACAUGCUAAAUUAGCCCGUACUUUAACAGGACAUAAAGCAGGAAUAAAAUGUAUGGACUUUCAUCCUUAUGGGGAACUAUUAGCAUCUGGAAGCUUAGAUACUGCAAUAAAAUUGUGGGAUAUAAGAAGAAAAGGUUGCAUUUUUACUUAUAAAGGACAUAAUCUAGCAGUAAAUAGUUUAAAAUUUAGUCCUGAUGGACAAUGGAUUGCUAGUGCAGGAGAGGAAGGCAUGGUGAAGUUAUGGGAUUUAAGAGCAGGAAGACAACUUAGAGAAUUUUCAGAACAUAGGGGACCAGCAUUAACUGUAGAAUUUCAUCCACAUGAAUUUUUAUUAGCCAGUGGAAGUGCAGACAGAACAGUUCAUUUUUGGGAUUUGGAAUCAUUUCAGCUUGUAUCUUCCACAGAGCAAAAUCAUUCUUCAGGAAUAAGAUGCCUAUACUUCAGUCAAGGAGGAGAAUGUCUUUUUGCUGGUAGUCAUGAUGUUUUAAAGGUCUAUGGAUGGGAGCCAGGUAGAACUUUAGAUACAGUUCCAACCGGCUGGGGCAAAGUGCUGGAUAUAGCUGUUGCUCAAAAUCAAUUGAUCGGUGCAAGUUGCCAUACUACAAAUAUUAUCCUUUAUGUCUGUGAUUUAAAAAAAAUUGCACCAUUAGGAGGAGUAUCAUUGUCUCCAUUUAAUCAUGGAAAUUCAUUGAGGAAAAGUUUUUCUAGAGAACGGCCACCAGAAUUGAAAAAACAUACGUUAGAUGUACGAACUAUAGAGGAGGCGGACAAGUCAGGCACAGAUCCAGAGGAUGAGGCGACAUAUGCAGAUAUACCUAAUGUUUCUGAAUAUCGAGACAUCUUUCAGCCAAAUAGAGCUCUGUCUCGCACACCUCCACCAGAACCAGAGGCUUUCCAAGAGCCUCAAGAUGUAGAUCCUUCGCAGCCACAGGUACUACAAAAUCUAUGUACAUCUAUAUCAAAUAUAAGUACAGUAGAAUCAAAUGAAAUGUCAUCUAUACCAUCAUCAUUAUCUCCAUCUCCAACUGUUACAACAUUAUCACUAACAAAACCCGUGCCAGUUCGUGUUCAACCAAUAAGAUCAUCACCACCAACACAAAGGAAUGUAAUUACUACAACGAGUCAAAUUCGAGCAAAUUUACAAGCAAAUAAUAUGCUAAACAGAUCUUCAAAAAAUUUAGCUUCUAUACCACCGCUUAAACAAAACAUUACUCCUUUUCCUGGAAAAAGAGCUGUGCAAGCUAAUGAAACAAUACCAUCACAGCCUUUGGGGCCACAAAGGUCAAACUCGACAUUAACACCAAGAGUGGCACCAAUGGCGGCUGUCAUUCCUGUUAUGGAUGAUGGAAAGCUAAAAAAUAGAGUACCCAGUCCAGAUUCUCCUAAGCAUUACUUGAAGCGCCAAAACAGUUGUAGAGAGAGUGAGCAAGGCUAUGAAAGUGAUUAUCCUGUACAAAUUAAUAAUAUAAGACAUAGUCCCUCCGAUCCUGCAUUAAAUAGACCAAACACGGCGCAAUCAAGGUCAACGUCGUUAAAUAGAAAUUUCGCUAAUUCUGCUUCACUGUCCGCACGAAAUACAGCGACUACAGGAACGUCAACAUCGAAGAAGAACAAUAAACUACAAGUACUUCCAACGCCUAAAGUGGAUACAGUUACUCAGUUGAGAUCACCGAUUGAUGAUAUUGAAAAGGAAGAAUUUGUUCCAAUGAGUGCUGAUAAGCCUUUUGGUUUAGACGUAGAAACUUUUUUACCAAAAAGUAGUUAUGCAGGAUCUACUGGAUUAGCGUAUUCACAAAUGGGAGUACUUGCGGAGAUGUCAGAAGCAGAAGUAUUAAAUAGUAUGAUGCGCGGACACGAACCAAUGAUGGCAGUACUCACGAGUAGACAUCGUUCUUUACAAAUUGUUUAUUCGCUUUGGCAUAAUAAAGAUCUUAAGUCGGCCAUAGAUUCCGCGGUGGCAAUGAAUGAUCUUGCGAUUAUUGUUGAUCUCCUGGGUAUAUUAACGUUGAAACCAACUAUCUGGAAUUUGGAUCUGUGUAAUUUACUUCUUGGUCCUAUUGCUGAACUUGUUCAAAGUAAAUAUGAGAUAUACAUAACCGUAGGUUUAUCGGCAUUGAGACUUAUUUUACGUAAUUUUGCUUCGGUGAUAAAGUCAAAUGUAGAAGCACCUCUUCAUACGAUAGGCGUCGAUGUUUCUCGAGAAGAACGAUAUCAAAAGUGCCUCUCUUGUUACGAGAAAUUGUCUACGAUACGUAGCAUUCUUUUGAAAAAACAAUCAGCUCCGGGUAAACUAGGAGCUUCCUUCCGAGAAUUAAGUGUCCUCAUCAGAAGUCUCGAGUGACGAAAACGACAGCGUCUAAGACGUACAUGAACUCUAUUGAAUAACAUCAUCAUCGAUCACUUUUCGCGAUGGCGAAGGGCCAAGGAGGUAGACAAUCAUGUUCUUGAAGUGCCUGCUUCUUGUAAUUACAUCUUGCUGAAGCUAAAAUACGGAGCACUUGGAUUUUGUAUCUUUGCCUUUGGUCCUUGUUUUCUUCCGGUGUCGUGAUGAAUACAGUAUCGAGAAUCAUGGGAGAUAUCUGUUAACAAAAUUGACUGAAUUAUAUUGAUCGUGUAAUUAACGAUCAAGAUCAUACGUAAGAGUAUUGUAAACAAUUAACACGAAACAAAGUGACAAAAAAAUCGAAUAAUGCUGCUUCUAUUUUGCGUACUUGAAUAUGUUUUAUUAAAAAAUCGAAGAGAACGUCUGUAUGAAAGAACGAUUAAUAGUUUUACACUUACUUUCGACACUUUGUGUCCUCGGUUUCUUGCCAGUUUUGACUGAAUGAAGGGUGCAGUGAGUUAUUCAUUCAUGAUAAAGAAAUGCGAUACUGCGUGACUUCAUUGGUGAAUUCACUAUAAUAAAUGAUGAUUAACAAGAAGAAAAGAAAAGAGAAAGAGAGAAAGUUAACGAGUCAUAACGAAUAUUAAAAGAGUAACAACUUUCUUAGCUAGUUUAAUAAAAAUUGUAUUUUUGCAAGAGCUAUUUACGCUCAUUUACUAAUAAAGGGUUCUAAUUAUAGGUAUCUCUAAAAUAUUUGUAAUUAUGUCAGUAAUUUACGUAACCUUAUUUAUAUGAAAUGGAACUCUAAUAUUAUUGCAAGAAAAAGAAAGAAGACGCGUUUCCUGCAAUAUUAAUCUUAACAAUAAUGAGAAAAAUUCUGUCCUCUUAUGUACAUACGAAGCGAGGUGUGAAAAAUCGCUAUAUACCGUGUAAAUAAUUAUAUUGUGCAAUAUCAGCGUAGAUCUAUAUCUUCCUUCUUCUUCAUUUUUUUGUUUUUUUUUGCUCAAGUUUCACACGAGUUUAUUUCUUUUAUUUACGGAUGAUCUCCGACGGGAGGACAGAGACCCUCGCUCAAAUACCGAUCGCUGUACCUAACAACGACUUUAUUCUUUUCUUAAAAAGUAUAAAGAAUCAUGUCGCGGCUUCCGUCCAAUAUAUUUUUAUAAGUCGGAAAAAAGAAGUAAAGAAAAGAAUUAAAAGAAAAUGGGGAGAAAGAGAGAGAAUGAUUAGAGCGUCCUUAUACGUGUGUGUGUGUCUGCAUGUAUGCGUUUGUAAAAUGAUAAAGUAAAUAUUUUAAAGCGCUCCUGCAUGUUAUGCAAUCUCGAUUUUAUCGUACUUCCUUCGGUUAAAAGUUUUUCUUAAAAAAGAAGCGAAUAAUUGCUGUAGAAAUGAAAUAAACGAAAAUAUGUCUUCGUGUGAUUACAGCAAAAAUAAUAACUUUCUUUACAAAGAAA